AUGCCCGUAACUAAUCGAGGUGUAACACAACUUACACCUGACACCACCACCUCAACGUCAACUCACAGCAACUACUUGAACAGGUCGUCUUCCUCCUUUCAGACUCUUCAAGCUGGCCUCGCAAUCUUUGCUGUUGCUGUCAUUGCACGCUUUUGCGUUUUGCGACUCUGCCUAUGGUUGCGACAGAUGCGCGGCUUGGAUCAGCAAACCCUACCCAUCUCAUCGUUGUCGCAUACUCGACGGCUUCAGUCGCAACCCUAUUGGGCUAUGAAUGAGAAGACUAUGACGCCGCCUGCUAACCAGGAGGAUCUGGCCCCUGAGGAUCGAACAAACAAGAAACUGGUCAUCGACCCCAACUGGCAAAAUACAGACAAUCUCAUGUCCAGACAUGUCAUGUCGCGACCACCUCCUGCACCACCUCUGACGCCUCCUGAGCUGAGCACUGCCGUAUUCACUUUUGAUGACCGCCCACGACCAGGCGAGGAUAGUUUUAUCCGUCAGCCUAACCCUGAUUACAUGUCGUCGACAGCCAACACUGUUCUGCCUGACAACUCAGCAUCAACAUCGGUCACCCGCCGGCGCUCUUACAACAAGACUCUUCCUAUCGGAGUUCCCGUGUCUCAGUUAUCCCAAGGGAUGUCGGAUGCUGCCGAUCUGGUUUUUUCGCCCAGUUCCUACCCACCUGCAAGCCCAUUGCUUCCACCGGCCCCACCCAACGCAGGAACCGUGGAGAUCGGCGUCCAGGGCGAGAUCAUUGGUGUUCUCGACUCCGAAGGCGCCGGGUGGACAAGGCAUACGCGUGUCUAUGGCGGCGGGGUCUGCCUUGCAUGUGCGGCCUCCGGUGGCAAUCACGGGGGCGGUUUCUACGGGGCAACAGUCCGGCCUGAGGAGAUGCGAUGA